AUGGCGGUUGCAGGAAUUUUCCUAUUAUCUAAGCUCAUAGUCAAAGAAAUGGAAUCAAGAUGGAUAGCAGAAAAGUUCCUGGUUCCUGGUUCCUGUGACUCAGUCUGUGGUUGUCUGCAGUUGGUUUGCAUGGUUGCACGUUUGGAUAAACUCUAUGAAAUAAAGAAAUGGUCAUCAGCAUCCCAAGUUGCAAAGUUUCAACUCCUUAGGGCCUAUAAAUACAGGCCAAUAGGGGGAAACCUCUCAUUCACUGCUACUGCUAAGUACUUCCACUGCUUCAAGUUGGUUGGCUACUACAAUGGUAAAUGCACUAACAGUAGUGCAGAUGUGGAGAAAAUUGUCAAAACCACUAUGACCACAGAAUAUGCAACAGACGUAACAGUAGUUCCAGCACUCAUACGCAUGCAAUUCCAUGAUUGCUUUGUUAGGGGUUGUGAUGCUUCCAUACUCUUAGAGAGCAAUACAAGUAAUGCAGAAAAAAAUGCAGAUCCAAAUCUAACAGUGAGAGGUUACGAUGUCAUUGAUGAUAUAAAAAAAGCUCUAGAGAAUCAAUGUGGCACAGGGAUUGUCUCUUGUGCUGAUAUCAUUAUCAUGGCUGCUAGAGAAGCUGUUGUCUUGGGUGGAGGUUCUUUCUACAAUGUGACAACUGGGAGAAGGGAUGGAACAAUUUCAAAUAAGACCGAAGCUGAGCUUCUCCUCCCUCCUGCUGAGAUAUCAGUCACUGAUUCCAUUGCAGCAUUUGGAAAUCUUGGAAUGAAUGUUUCAGACAUGGUUGCUCUCAUUGGUGGUCACACAGUAGGGGUUGCCCAUUGUUCUUCCUUCCAAGAUCGUCUCUACAAUUACAACAACACCGGAAAGGCUGACCCAACAAUGGAUUCAACUCUACUUGCCUCUUUGAAGACGACUUGUCCCCAGAAUUCGACGGUCGAUAACACAGCUAAUCUGGAUCAGAACACAGUCAGUUUGAAUACUUUCGACAACUCCUUCUUCAUGCAGAUUCAAAAGAACAAAGGAAUUUUGGGAAUUGACCAAGAGAUUGAUUUGGAUACUAGAACUAAUGGCACUGUUUCAUCCUUUGCCAGUAACAAUAGUGUGUUCUUGGCACAAUUUGCAACUGCCUUUGUCAAGAUGGGAGCCACAAAUGUCAUUUUAGAGCCAGCAGGAGAGAUUAGGCUAAAUUGUCGAUCCACUAAUUAAUAUCUUUGCCCUCCUCCUACUCUUCCUAAGUGCAAUUAACUAAAUAACUAUAUGUGUACUUCUUAUUCACUGUUGGAAUUCUAUCUUUGUUU